UCGCUUCUCUGCCUUCUUCCCGAUCUCUCUCAUUGCGACAAACCCUCACCAGCCUCCGUCUCUCACCACUUGCCUUCAUCGGGAACAAGAUCGCCAGCGACGGCCAAGGCACUUUGCAGGCAACAAAGUGGAAUUUUGCAUUAUGUCUUGUUCCGGAAAGGGUGAGAAACGAAAUCUUCCCUCAUGGACUAGUUCAAAAGAGAAUCAUGGUAAAAGCAAUAUGGUCAGUAGUAGUCCUUCAUUGGAAGUUGAACAUCGUAAAAAACCAGCUGCUUCUAGUUCAAGUACCACAGAUUUUUCCAAGCUUCUGGAAGGGGUUGUAUUAGUGUUAUCAGGGUUUGUUAAUCCAGAGCGAAGUACAUUGCGGUCGCAGGCACUUGCAAUGGGAGCUGAAUAUCAGCCUGAUUGGAACAAGGAUUGCACACUCUUGGUUUGUGCAUUUCAAGGCACCCCAAAGUUUCGGCAGGUUGAGGCAGAUUGUGGAACAAUUGUUUCAAAGUUUGUGUGCCUCAGGAUUGGAUAUCAGAGUGUUAUUUUAAAAAGAAGCUUGUAGAUAUUGAUAGCUACCUUAUGCAUGCUGAUUAGCCGUGGCGGAGAAGCAUUGUUUCCCAUGAGACACAUGUUCAAAAGGCUUCUGCUCCUAAAAUGAAUUGUAGAAAAGUGGAAAAGGGGCUACAUUCAAAGUCAACUGCCUCUGCAUCCUCCAAGCAAGGUGGAGCUUCAAAUACAGUUACAGAGAGGUUUUCAAAUACCGUUACGGAGAGGUUUUCUCCUGAUAAAGUGAAGAAGUGGGCUAUAGAUGAUUUGAAUAAAACAAUUUCUUGGCUAGAGAGUCAAGAUGAGAAGCCCGAGCCAAGCGAAAUUAAGCACAUUGCUGCUGGAGGGAUCUUGACUUGUUUACAAGAUGCCAUAGACUCUCUUGAACAAAAGCAGGGCGUCCAGAAAAUAAUGGAGCAGUGGAACUUCAUUCCUCAUGUGGUUGAGGAGCUAGCGGAGCUUGAGGCCACCGGAAAUGGUUCUGGUUUGGCGUUAAAGGACGAUAUGUGCAAACAGGCUAAAGCUUGUAAACAAAUUUAUGCGGUGGUACUCUGUGCCCCUGAUGAUGAUUCUACUACAAAGGAUAGAAGGCCAAAGUCUGAUGAAGGCAAUAGUGGUGAAAAUGGCAGAACAGCAGCGGGAUAUGACAGCGAUGAAACAAUUGAGAUGACAGAGGAGGUGAUGGACCUGGCUUAUAACAAUGUAGCUUCCAAAUUUUCUUAGAUAGCAAAUGGAUUUUCCUUUUAACUGGUCAUUUCAAAAAAUUUAUUAAAUUCGAGAAUGUAAAUUUUGGGACACAUCAUAUUUAUUUGUACAAUUAAACUUACACAAUAUAUAAAUCAUGAAAAAUAUUAUCAGCAGUGAUGUGGUGGUUGCAUA